GGGUAUCAAGAGAUCAAUGGCAGAAACAAGAAUUAAUCUGAAGUGAAGCCAUGGAAACACUCCCUCAGCUCCCUGAAGACAUUAUUGCCAACAUACUGUCCAGACUGCCAGUCAAAUAUCUGAUACAACUCAAGUGCGUAUCCAAGCCAUGGUUGUCUUUGAUCUCUGAUCCUCAGUUUGCCAAACUACACCUUGCACAGUCAAAGAACAGCAUCAGCCAGAGAGUACUUCUCAUCACCGAACCCCUUGAAUCAGCGGCCUGUGAAGCUUCUGUUGAUGAUCUUGAUGAUGAAAGCAAACUAAUAGUUGAGCUUGAGUAUCCAGCAGCAAUGAAGAAGACUCCUGACUCUGAUGAAUUGGUGGAUGGUUGGCUUCAUUUAGGAGGGUCUUGUGAUGGCUUGAUAUGUGUAGUCUUUGAGCAUGAACGCAUCUUCUUGUGGAAUCCAACAAUUAGAGAAGCCUUGGAAUUGACAAAGCUCGGUCCUUUUGAUCCAAAGGGUACGUUCUCUUACGGUCUUGGCUAUAAUUGCUCAACCGAUGAUUACAAAGUAGUUAGAGUUGCUCGUCCUUCCACCGCUGUUGCUUCUAAUGAAUCUGAAGUUGAAGUUCUGGAAUUGAAAACUAACAUCUGGCGAAGGAUUCAGGGUCUGCAAUCUGGCAUAGAAAUAGAAGGACAAGGGAUUUUUCUCCAUGGAGCAUUGCAUUGGUUAGCAUCAAGACAAACCGGUCCAAAAAAAAGUUACGUAACUGUUGCAUUUCACAUGGUAGAAGAGAAAUUCUAUGAACUGGUGCCAAUACCAGAGACUAUCAAAGAGAGCAAACAUGAUUUGCUGGUUUUGGGGAUUUCAGGAGAUUGCUUAUGUCUGUUCGAUGGGUGCGGUUAUGAAACUGUUUUGGAUGCAUGGCUGUUGAAGGAAUAUGGCGUCAAGUCCUCAUGGACUAGAUUGUUCAGUGUUCAUAGAGAAACCUUGCAUGGACAUAAAUACUGGGAGAAUGCGCUAUGCUAUACAAAAACCGGUAAAGUUGUAAUAGAUUACGAUGGGAGGGAAUUAGUCUGGUAUGAUCCGAAGGAAAAGACAUCAAAAACUUUUACUCCACGCAAUGACUGGGAUUGGUUUCAGCCUGCUGUCUAUAUUGAAAGCCUUGUUUCACCACAUUGUUGUUAUGCUACCAAUACACGCAAUGACAUAGAUGUUUGAGGCAAGUUACUUUAAUGACCCUUGUUAUAUUUAUCUGCCCAGAUGUCUCAAAUUUAACUGAUGUAAGAUUUUACUUUUUCUCCAUUAAAUACACCUCGCAUAGAUAUAAUAAACUUAUCACGUGGCAUGAACUUCAUGUGCAGGCAUAACGGACCUAUUGUGUGGCUUCGACAUCACAUAGUAAGCAAGAGAAACCUAUCACGGAAAGGUUAACAAAUGGGGACAAUGCCUGCUCUGAUAUA